AUGGCGCCUCACGCGGAGAGCGCCCAGGACGGCCAUGGCAACGGCCAUGGUGACCGGAACAUGCCCAAGCCUGAGGAGUAUAUCCAAUUCGAGCACUUCCCGGCCGGCGGUCCUCUCAAUCGUUGGUCCCACUUCAUGACGCGGGAGCAUGACUUCCCUGGUGCCCAGGCUAUGCUUUAUGCUGCUGGUGUCCCCAACAGGGACAUGAUGAAGAACGCACCCCACGUGGGGAUUGCGACUGUUUGGUGGGAGGGCAACCCGUGCAAAACAGUGCUCGAGCUGGGAAACAUCGUCAAGAAGUCGGUUGAGCAGCAGAACAUGCUGGCCUGGCAGUACAACACCAUUGGUGUCUCGGACGGUAUCACCAUGGGCAGCGAGGGCAUGCGCUUCUCACUUCAAUCCCGCGAGAUCAUCGCGGACAGCAUCGAGACGGUCACCUGCGCGCAGCGGCACGACGCCAACAUCAGCCUUCCCGGCUGCGACAAGAACAUGCCGGGCGUGGUGAUGGCGGCGGCGCGCCACAACCGGCCCUUCCUGAUGAUCUACGGCGGCACGAUCCGCAAGGGCCACUCGAGCCUGCUCGACAAGGAGAUCAACAUCUCGACGUGCUACGAGGCCUCGGGCGCCUACACGUACGGCCGGCUGCAGGCCGCGUGCAAGCACGCCUCGGGCGCCGACGCCACGCCCAGCGACGUCAUGGAGGACAUCGAGCGCCACGCCUGCCCCGGCGCGGGCGCCUGCGGGGGGAUGUACACGGCCAACACCAUGGCGGUGGCCAUCGAGGCCAUGGGGCUGUCCCUGCCGGGGUCGUCGUCCUACCCGGCCACGUCGCCGGAGAAGCGGCGCGAGUGCGAGCGCGCGGCCGAGGCGAUCCGCACGUGCAUGGAGCGGGACCUCCGCCCGCGGGAUCUCAUGACGCGCGCCGCAUUCGAGAACGCGCUGGUGGUGACCAUCGUGCUGGGCGGCAGCACCAACGCGGUGCUGCACUUCCUGGCCAUGGCCAACAGCGCCGACGUGCCCCUGACGCUGGACGACAUCGACCGCGCGUCCAACCGCACCCCCUUCCUGGCCGACCUCGCGCCCUCCGGGAAGUACUACAUGGAAGACCUGUACUCGAUCGGCGGCACCCCGGCCGUGCUGAAGAUGCUCAUCGGCCACGGUCUCAUCGACGGGAGCAUCAUGACCGUGACGGGCAAAACCCUCGCGCAGAACGUAGCCGACUGGCCGUCGCUCCCGGAAGGCCAAACCAUCCUGCGCCCGCUGUCCAACCCGAUCAAACCAACGGGCCACAUCCGCAUUCUGCGCGGCAACUUGGCCCCCGGCGGCGCAGUGGCUAAGAUCACAGGCAAGGAAGGCCUCUCCUUCACGGGCAAGGCGCGGGUGUUCAACAAGGAGCACGAGCUGGACUCGGCGCUCGCGGCGGGCGCCAUCCGGCCCGAUGAUGGCAAUCUGGUGCUGAUCGUGCGGUACGAGGGCCCCAAGGGCGGACCGGGCAUGCCCGAGCAGCUGAAGGCCAGCGCAGCGAUCAUGGGGGCCGGGCUGACCAACGUGGCGCUGGUGACGGACGGGCGGUACAGCGGGGCUAGCCACGGCUUCAUCGUCGGGCAUGUCGUGCCCGAGGCUGCCGUGGGUGGGCCGAUUGCGCUGGUCCGAGACGGGGAUGUGAUCACCAUCGACGCGGUGGCGAACCGGAUUGAUGUGGUUGAGACUACUACUACUAGUACUAUUGGGGGGGCUAAUACUAGUAGUAAUAACAAGGCCACGACUGCCGAGGCGGUGGAGAAGGAGCUGGAGCGCCGGCGCAAGGAGGAGUGGGCGCCGCCCAAGAUGAUGCCGCAGCGGGGCGUCCUGGCCAAGUACGCGCGGCUGGUGGGGGAUGCGAGCCACGGUGCUGUGACAGAUGUGGGUGCGUCGGCGUGGUGAAGAUGACGGAAUCUUUCUUUCUCCUCUCCUUUUGCACCGUCUGGGGUCCCCGAUAGAAUGGUAGAGCCCUCGCAAUGGCAUAUGAUGAUACAUGGGACUGAGACGGCACCGUAGACGUGGGAUGCCGGAUGGCUGUGAGUGAGUAUGUUGAGCUCAGGAACACCUCGGUCACCAAAUACAGUGAAGUAAUGUCAGUGUGCAUUGAUGAUCCUUCUAUAUUACCUAGAUGGGAACGAUAAUGACGCCGAGAAGGCAACCCUGAAGCUCACCAGCUGACCUUUUCUGGAGGCAAGGAGGUAGCCGGGUACGGGAAACUGGACGGA